GCCCUCUGGCUUUCCUUUUCCGCUGUAGGAAGUUAACGUGCCUAAGGUGCUUGGUUCUUCAUCCGAAGCUAAGGCCCGCAAUCCGGCGACUAGCACCGUUUAAAUUAGGCAUCCGACGCCACAAGUACAUACAAUAACAUCUACAAUGGCCUCCGUGUCCGAGCUCGCCUGCAUUUAUUCUGCUCUGAUCCUCCACGACGAUGAAGUUACCGUCACUGAGGACAAGCUGAUUGCACUGAUCAAGGCUGCUGGAGUCACUGUGGAGCCUUUCUGGCCAAGUCUGUUUGCCAAGGCUCUGUCCAGUGUUGACAUCGGCAGCCUGAUCUGCAAUGUUGGAGCUGGCGGUGGUGCUCCUGCAGGAGCACCAGCUGCUGGUGCUCCUGCUGCUGCUGGAGAGGCACCAGCCAAGGAGGAGGAGAAGAAAGAGGAGAAGAAGGAAGAGUCUGAGGAGUCUGAUGAUGACAUGGGCUUCGGCCUCUUUGAUUAAAUCUGUUUUUGUAACAAAAUGCAAUAAAAGUACAAAAACAA